GAUGAUCUGAGGCACUAAAUAUCAGAGGAGCUCGGCUUGCACAUCGUGCACAUCCCGCUCCUGGACAGUUAACCAGCAGCACAGAGCACAGUGUAAGAUGUCAUCUGGUUCCCACUGUCCUGUGAAGGAUCAGGAAUGUAUCAAGCUGGAUCACAUAGGAGAUCAUGUGUCUGAGGACAUUGUCCCUGAGCCUGUGCUCUUCAGCCCAUCUAAGAAGAUGAAGGGGAAGUUGGUGGUCAGUGGGGGGCGCCGACUGAGCACCAUCUCAGACCAACAACCAGAUGAGCCGGACAUCGAUCGCAGUUCCCAUGAUCCCCUGGGUGGCAGUGAGUGUGGUGGAUCCAGCUUCUCCUUGAGUUCUGACAAGUGGAAGAACAGCAGCAGCUGUUUUUCCUCAGAAGAAUCGUCCCAGCCCGAUGCUGGAGAUGAUUGCGCAGCAGUUCUGCUUGCCUGUCUGUACUGCCAUUUCCACGAGUUAAUGGUUAUGUUACCGGAUACAUGUGAAAGGGCAGUGACUCGCUGCUUUCCCUCAUACAAACACAUCAAGGAGUGUGGGGAAAAGACCAGCCAGAAAGACUGCUGUAACUGCAACGUGGAACUGGACUGGAGUUUAUGCAACUCCUGUAAGGACACAGCAGAACUCUUAGAACUGGCCAUGGAGAUAUCAGAGGUGUGCUAUCGCUGAAAAUGUCCUACUCGAAAAUGAAAUCUGUAACCCAACCCCACUAUAAUUAAAGUAACAUUAUAUCAUUACUUUCCAUUAUUAUUGGAUCUUAUGUGCAUCUUAAUGCCAGAUGCACAUAAAGACCAGAAAAGAAACAUCAGUGGCUUUUACUGAAACAUCA